AUGGAUCAGAACAGUCUCAGGCGCAAGGACACCACAAAGGGUCCUCCUCUGCGCGUUCUGUCGCUAGAUGGCGGCGGCGUUCGCGGAUAUUCAAUGCUCAUCAUCCUCCAAGAACUCAUGCACAGAGUCUAUGUCGUGACCGAGGGGGAACCUCCGGAUCGUCAGUCUGGUACCCCGAAACCCUGCGACUAUUUCGAUCUCAUCGGCGGCACUGGUACGGGCGGAUUGAUUGCUAUCAUGCUAGGACGCCUGCGCAUGGACCUGGAAACUUGCAAGGCGGUCUAUGUGAGGAUGACAAGAAAGGUCUUUGAAACGGACAAGACAUUUGCUGGUAUUCCCUACAAGCAUACCUUAUUCAAAGCUUCCAAACUUGAAGAAGCUAUUAAAUUAUGUGUUCAAGAGCACACGCUCUUCGAGGAUGAGGGAAACGACGGCACAGCUUCGGGGGGUCGAGAGUUUCAGGACUUGACGAGCCCAAUCAGCACCACAAGUACUGCGGUGAGGAGGUCAAUGAGCGUCAGAAGUUCCAAUUCCAUCGCCAGUCCCGCAACUCCUCUUCGGACCUCCGUUGUCUCCCCCUCGUUCCCAGCCUGGGGCAAUGCCAAUGCUAGCCUCUACGACAGCCGCCCUAAUCGAACCAAGACCGCUGUCACCGCCGUUUACCAAGGCACAAAUCCUCGAACAGGUUCCUCGAUCCUUUUGCGAAGCUACGAUAGUCGCAAAGAGCCACCUCCCGAGUACAAUUGUAAGAUCUGGGAAGCUGGAAGAGCCACUUCCGCCGUGGGUCUCGCGUUCAAACCCAUUCAAAUCGGCCAAACAGUGUUCAUCGACGAGGGCGCGGGCAAAUUUAAUCCAGCACCGCAGUUACUAGAAGAGGCUGCGGUCAACGAGUGGCCAGGUAGGGAAAUAGGAGCCUUUGUCAGCAUUGGUACAGGUAAACGCCCCGAAGGCACCAACGCCCGGCAACACGAAUGGUGGGAGGAUUUCAUAGGUGGCAGCAUGGGCGCCUUUGCAGAAGCAAGACGCCGACUCAUAGCCAAAAUCGAAGGCUGCGAGGAAACGCAUCAGCAAAUGCUCAAGACAGAAUUGCCAAAGCGAGGCGUUCCAGUCGGUAAUUACUGCCGCCUGAACGUCUCGGUUGGUCUCGGCGAAUUCGCCAUGAACGAAUGGCAACAUUUGUCGCAGAUGACGGUCAACACCAGGAAGUAUCUGAGCGAACCUACAACUCAGCAAGCAUUGAUGGAUAUGGCGACGAAGUUGGCCAAAAUCGAGUUAAUGAAGAGGAGACAUGAUCACCAGUUAGAGGCACAGGCCCGUGAGUCAAGCUGGUCAUUGAGACAGAGUAAUAUUCCGCCAGUACCCUCUCACCCACAAGCCGUCGAGUUGCCGGCGGACGAAGAUAUGUACACGACGACUCCUCCCCAGCAUUAUCGCGUCCCUGGAAAUCCCCCGUACCCGGAUCAAUUGGCCUCCUCACAGGACAAAUUUGUACUGGUUCCAGGAGAAUCACCUCCGCCGCGCAUGUCGGGCGAAUUACCAUAUCGAGGAAGAGAUGACAAGAUAGUCGUACCUCAGCCGCCACCUCCGACGUCAACAUACAACCAGUCACAAGUACCACCCCCAAGACCUCCAAAGACACCAAUUAAUGACCACGUCUAUCCUGCCCAUCCUCCGCAACGUAUCUCACCAAUCAGGCACAAUGGGGCUCCUCGGCCACCAUACCCAGACGACGAAGAGCCUCCGCCACAGUACAACCGGUACAAGAAGCCGGAAUAUAUUCCCAGGUAG